AUGCUCACUGCUUGUGGUUGUUCUUGUCAGGGAGUGGUCUUCCCAUUUAUAGAUCCUACUGGGAACUCGGAAGUGAUUAAUGAUGCUGAUUAUAUAAGAGAAGAUGAGAAGAAUGAUGAAAGAGUUGGUCGUGUUGUUGAUCUGCUAAAUAAGAAUCAAGACUGGACCCAGUUCACUUGGCAACUUGAGCCGAAGCCUCAGAAUUUCAUGUUAUCAGAUGAAGAAGAGCUUGAUGAAGACGAAGCUGCCCCAGUAUCACCUGUGAGGGAACCACCUGUUGAUGCAAGAAGGGGGAAGCGCAAGAUAAAUGAUCCUGGUUCCGAGUCUAGAAAGAAGAACAUGCUUUGUCAAAGAGCGGCUGAGCAUAACAGCGGUGUAUCAAGUGAAAUGAAGAGUUUCAUCGAAGGUUUGUUGACCUCUUCUUUCAGCUCUUUAAAGGAAGUGUUGCAGAAGGACAUACAAGAGCAAUUUCAGAAGGUCAACAAUGAGAUAGAUCACCUGAGGGAACAAAUGUUUCACCUUACUGGUCCUUCAGAUACAGUGGGAAAGGGUGAAGGCAAAGCAGCUGAGACUCCAGGUUCAGGCAAAGCAGUUGAGACUCCAGGUUCAGGCAAAGCAGUUGAGACUCCAGGUUCAGGCAAAGCCUCUGAUAUUCCGGGUUCAAGCUUAUCGGCUCAGACUAUGGUUUCUCCAGUAGCAAAGGAAAUAAGCAAAGGCAAGCAGGAAAGAAGCAAGGAUCCUCCUACGGUUCGUCGCAGCCCUCGGCCAGGAAGAAAGGUAACCAGAAAAUGA